UCCGCGCCUGCUGGUUCCUCACUCCGGGGCGGGGCUCGCGGCAGCUCGCGGAGCACCGCGCCGGGCGGAGCCGAGUCCCAGGCGAGGAAGCCGGAAGCCGGGCGCGGGGAGCCUCCCGCUUCCACCGCCGCCCUGCUCGGCGCCUCCUGCGCGCCUGGGACCGCGGAGCCUUCCUGGGUUCUGUGCGCUCCCGCCAGGCCGGUGCCCCCCGCCCGGUGCCCGCCGCCUGCCGCCCGCCUGGGCCCCAAGCAGGUCCCAGGCCUCUGGCUAAUCCUGGCCGACGGUGGGGACGGGCAGUGCCAGGCACCGCUAGCGAGGCCCUUUGGGGACCCAGGGUGACCACGGCGCAGCCAUGGGGACCGCGCUUGUGUACCACGAGGACAUGACGGCCACCCGGCUGCUCUGGGACGACCCCGAGUGCGAGAUUGAGCGUCCUGAGCGCCUGACUGCAGCCCUGGACCGCCUGCGGAAGUGCGGCCUGGAACAGAGGUGUCUGCGGUUGUCAGCCCGCGCGGCCUCCGAAGAGGAACUGGGCCUGGUGCACAGCCCCGAGUACGUGUCCCUGGUCAGGGAGACCCAGGUCCUGGGCAAGGAGGAGCUGCAGGCGCUGUCUGGACAGUUUGAUGCCAUCUACUUCCACCCGAGUACCUUUCACUGUGCGAGGCUGGCCGUGGGGGCUGCACUGCAGCUGGUGGAUGCUGUGCUCACGGGAGUGGUGCAAAACGGGCUUGCCCUGGUGAGGCCACCUGGGCACCACAGCCAGAGGGCAGCUGCCAACGGGUUCUGCGUGUUCAACAAUGUGGCCAUAGCCGCUGCACAUGCCAAGCAGAAACACGGGCUGCACAGAAUCCUCAUCGUUGACUGGGAUGUGCACCAUGGCCAAGGCAUCCAGUAUCUCUUUGAGGAUGACCCCAGCGUCCUUUACUUCUCCUGGCACCGCUAUGAGCACGGGCGCUUCUGGCCUUUCCUGCGAGAGUCGGAUGCGGAUGCGGUGGGGCGGGGACAGGGCCUCGGCUUCACUGUCAACCUCCCCUGGAACCAGGUCGGGAUGGGAAACGCUGACUACGUGGCCGCCUUCCUGCACCUGCUGCUCCCACUGGCCUUUGAGUUUGAUCCUGAGCUGGUGCUGGUCUCGGCAGGAUUUGACUCAGCCAUCGGGGACCCUGAGGGGCAAAUGCAGGCCACACCAGAGUGCUUCGCCCACCUCACACAGCUGCUGCAGGUGCUGGCUGGUGGCCGGGUCUGUGCCGUGCUGGAGGGCGGCUACCACCUGGAGUCACUGGCGGAGUCGGUGUGCAUGACAGUGCGUACGCUGCUGGGCGACCCGGCUCCACCCCUGUCAGGGCCCAUGGUACCGUGUCAGAGUGCCCUGGAGUCCAUCCAGAGUGCCUGUGCCGCCCAGGCUCCGCACUGGAAGAGCCUCCAGCUGCAAGAUGUGACCCCUGUGCCGACGAGUCCCAGCACCCAUUCCCCAGAGGGGAGGCCUCCACCUCUGCUGCCUGGGGGUCUCAUGUGUAAGACGGCUGCAUCUGCACUGAGCUCCCUCUUGGACCAGCCAUGCCUCCACCCUGCACCUCCUCUCUGCCCAGCUGUUGCCCUUACAGCGCCAGAUAUCACAUUGGUCCUGCCCCCUGAUGUCACCCAACAGGAGGGGUCAGCCCUGAAUGAGGAGACAGAAGCCUGGGCCAGGCCACUCGAGUCCCUGGCCCAGGAUGAAACCCUCACUGCACUUGGAAAGCUCCUGUACCUCUUAGAUGGGAUGCUGGAUGGGCAGGUGAGCAGUGGUAUCGUAGCCACUCCACCCUUGGCCGCAGCAGCCACCUUGGAUGUGGCUAUUCAGAGAGGCCUGUCCCAUGGAGCUCAGAGGCCAGCUCUUCCUCCAGGCUGCUGUGUGUGGCCCUGGGACAGCUGGACCGGCCCCCAGAUCUCGCCCAUGACGGGUAGGACUCUCAGGUCUUGUAUCUGUCCAGCCAUGCAUGUGGAUGGGCAUGUGCCUGUGCCCCAGGGUGACGGGUGGGUGGGGCACUGUGUGGUCCUGAAUGGAGCCUUCCUCAUCUGGGUUCUGGAGGGCUGCUGGAGGCAAUGCCAGGUGGGUCUCCAGCAGAGGCUCGGCAGUCAUAGCAUCCCUGCCUGUGGCCUGUGGCCCGUGAAUACUCUUCCACCUCUGCCUUUGCUGCCUGGGCUUAGAGGGGUGAGCAGGGCCUUACGCUUAUGCAUGUGUCCUGGAAGGAGGAUUUUGUGGCUGAACAUCAGGGGCAAGGAGGCGGCUGCCCUAUCCAUGUUCCAGGUCUCCACACCACUGCCAGUGGUGACUGGUGGGUUCCUGAGCUGCAUCUUGGGCUUGGUGCUGCCCCUGGCCUAUGGCUUCCAGCCUGACCUGGUGUUGGUGGCCCUGGGGCCUGCCCAUGGCCUGCAGGGCCCCCACGCUGCACUUCUGACUUCAAUGCUUCGGGGGCCGGCAGGCGGCCGAGUCCUGGCCCUCCUGGAGGAGGACUCCACACCCCAGCUAGCCGGGAUCCUGGCCCGGGUGCUGCAUGGAGAGGCACCUCCUAGCCUAGGCCCUUACUCUGUGGCCUCCCCAGAGGACGCCCAGGCUCUGAGGUACCUGAGAGGGCAGCUGGAGCGUCAGUGGAAGAUGCUGCAGUGCCGUCCUCAGACCCGGUGACUCGGACCCCGGCCCACAGCUCCCGCCGCACCGGGGCACGGAGCCCCGCCCACUCCCACCCCUCCCACCUCUGCUCCCCCGCCUCGCCCCUCCCGGCCCGUGCGCCCCACCCUCGCUCCCAUCCCGGCCCCUGCGCCUCGCUGCGCUUCGCCCGCAGCCCUGAUGCAGUCAGUAAACAUCGGCCAAACG